CUCUGUGCCCUGCGGGACCCGCUUCACCAGCAGGACCAUAUCAACUUGACAAAGGAGUGUGGUAUCCGACGUGGGAGAGAGUCCUCUGUUUGCCACCUAGGCUCCCGUUCAAGCGUGACUUUGGAGAUUUCUAUAGUUUUAGACCAAACUAUUUUCCUCUUUUCCCAGCUGAAAUGAUCUUUUAGGUUUUUUUUAAACUAUUGUUAUUAUUGUGAUUUAUAUAUCCACACCGUUUAGGAAUCUUUCUGGGAGACUUUUCUGACUCUUAAAAUAAGGUGAGAACCAAUGAGAAUGUUUAAGUGCUGGUCAGCAGUUUUGGUUCUUGGAUUCAUUUUUCUGGAGUCAGAAGGAAGGCCAACCAAAGAAGCAGGAUAUGGCCUUCAAUCCUACCAACCUCUAAUCAGAUUGCGACACAAGCAGGAAAAGAGUCAAGACAGUUCAAGAAUCAAAGGAUUCCUGAUUCAGGAUGGUGCUCUGGGGUCUUGUGAAAAUAAAUACUGUGGUUUGGGAAGGCACUGUGUCAUCAGCAGAGAGACAGGGCAACCAGAAUGUGCCUGUAUGGACAUUUGCAAGAGACACUAUAAACCUGUGUGUGGAUCUGAUGGAGAAUUUUAUGAAAACCACUGUGAGGUGCAUAGAGCUGCUUGCCUGAAAAAGCAAAAGAUUACCAUUGUUCACAACGAAGACUGCUUCUUUAAAGGAGAUAACUGCAAGGCCACUGAAUACAGCAAGAUGAAAAAUAUGCUUUUAGAUUUACAAAAUCAAAAAUAUAUUACACAAGAAAAUGAAAACCCUAACGGUGAUGACAUAUCUUGGAAGAAGUUGUUGGUGGAUCGAAUGUUUAAAUAUUUUGAUGCUGACAGUAAUGGACUUGUAGAUAUUAAUGAACUAACUCAGGUGAUAAAACAGGAAGAACUUGGCAAGGAUCUUUCUGAUUGUACUUUGUAUGAUCUACUGAAAUAUGAUGAUUUUAACUCUGACAAGCACCUGGCUCUUGAAGAACUUUAUAGAACAUUCCAGGUUAUCCAGUUGAGUCUGCCUGAGGAUCAGAAACUAAGCAUUACAGCGACAACUGUGGGACAGAGUGCUGUUUUGAGCUGUGCCAUUCAGGGGGCACUGAGACCCCCCAUCAUCUGGAAGAGGAACAAUAUUAUUCUAAAUAAUUUAGAUUUGGAAGACAUCAAUGACUUUGGAGAUGAUGGGUCCUUGUAUAUUACUAAGGUUACCACAACUCACAUGGGCAAUUACACCUGCUAUGCAGAUGGCUAUGAACAAGUCUUUCAAACUCACAUCUUCCAAGUAAAUGUCCCUCCAGUAAUCCGGGUGUAUCCAGAGAGUCAGGCUCGAGAACCUGGGGUAACUGCAAGUCUCAGGUGCCAUGCAGAGGGGAUACCAAACCCUCAGCUUGGCUGGCUCAAGAAUGGAAUUGAUAUAACACCAAAGCUGUCCAAACAACUCACACUUCAAGCAAAUGGCAGUGAGGUUCAUAUAAGCAAUGUGCGCUAUGAAGAUACAGGAGCAUACACUUGUAUCGCCAAGAAUGAAGCAGGAGUGGAUGAAGACAUCUCUUCUCUUUUUGUGGAAGAUUCUGCUAGAAAGACCCUAGCUAACAUAUUAUGGAGAGAAGAAGGUCUGGGAAUUGGAAACAUGUUCUAUGUUUUUUAUGAAGAUGGAAUCAAAGUGAUACAACCCAUAGAAUGUGAAUUUCAGAGGCACAUUAAGCCUAGUGAAAAGCUCCUUGGAUUUCAGGAUGAAGUCUGUCCCAAAGCUGAAGAUGAUGAAGUUCAGAGGUGUGUGUGGGCCUCAGCUGUUAAUGUCAAAGACAAGUUCAUUUAUGUUGCACAGCCAACUCUGGACAGAGUCCUCAUUGUUGAUGUGCAGUCCCAAAAAGUUGUUCAGGCAGUAAGCACAGACCCUGUACCAGUUAAAUUACACUAUGACAAAUCACAUGAUCAGGUCUGGGUGCUGAGCUGGGGUACCAUGGAAAAGACUUCCCCAACACUGCAGGUAAUAACGCUGGCCAGCGGGAAUGUGCCACACCAUACUAUUCACACCCAGCCUGUGGGAAAGCAGUUUGACCGAGUGGAUGAUUUUUUUAUUCCUACUACAACACUCAUCAUCACCCACAUAAGGUUUGGAUUUAUUCUUCAUAAAGAUGAAGCUGCACUACAAAAAAUUGAUCUUGAAACCAUGUCAUACAUCAAGACAAUUAACUUGAUGGACUAUAAGUGCAUUCCUCAGUCAUUGGCGUAUACACAUUUGGGAGGAUACUACUUUAUUGGCUGCAAACCUGACAGCACUGGGGCAAUACCACCACAGCUUAUGGUGGAUGGUGUAACCGACUCAGUCAUUGGAUUCAAUAGUGAUGUGACAGGCACUCCCUAUGUCUCUCCAGAUGGGCACUAUCUUGUCAGCAUUAAUGAUGUGAAAGGUCUUGUAAGGGUACAGUACAUUACCAUCAGAGGAGAAAUACAAGAGGCUUUUGAUAUUCACACAAAUCUGCACAUAUCUGAUCUGGCAUUUCAGCCAUCCUUUACUGAAGUCCACCAAUACAACAUCUAUGGUAGUUCAAGCACACAGACUGAUGUGCUCUUUGUUGAGCUCUCCUCUGGGAAGGUUAAGAUGAUAAAGAGUCUUAAGGAACCACUCAAGGCAGAAGAAUGGCCUUGGAACCAGAAGAACAGGCAAAUCCAGGACAGUGGCUUGUUUGGUCAAUACCUGAUGACACCUUCCAAGGACUCUCUCUUUAUACUAGAUGGACGACUCAAUAAGUUAAACUGUGAGAUCACUGAAGUUGAGAAAGGAAAUACAGUCAUUUGGGUUGGAGAUGCCUAGGAGCCCUAUUAGAUAACUAUUGAAUAAAGAGUUUUCCAGUGCAUUGCACUUAAUCCAUUGUUUAAAUUUACAGCUUAACUUUUCAAGAUGAUACCCUAGUCAAGCAUAAGUUACUUGGUUGGCCAAAUAAAAUAGAUUUUUUUUUUUUUUUUGCAAAGAUACACACAAUUAGUACUAUUGGUUGAUUAGAAAUACUUAAAACAACAUUAAGAACUACAUCAAUCACAGGA